GCUCAGUGAGUAGGAAGGCUUUUUCUUUUAUCUCGUUCAACAGCUGGUUAUAGCUGCUGGGUAGGACGGAGCCAGUGUUCCCUCUAAGGUGUGCACAUGUGCGUGCCCUCACACGGUUUCUGAUGUCCUCUCAGUUCAUUUUAGAUCCCACUCAGGUUGAAUCAAGAAAGUCCCACUCUGAAUACACAUGCACGCACACUAGCUUGAUACUGCCGCUCAGAACAAAACUCAUUCUGCAUACAGAUGAGAAAAACCAGAGAGAACCCUGACUGGAUGGAGCCCUCCCACCCAGCGCAAGCCUCGCACGUGGUCACCUCCUCCCUCUCCUACCUUGCUUUCCCCUCGCAGAUGUUCAAAAGCUGGGGGUGCACACAGCUCCUGAAACAGGGGCAGGACAACUGUUAAUGAUUGUGUGAGCUGCCAUACCGAAGGGUUGGGGUGUGCUGACAUGGGGGUGCUCCUAUCACCCUUUAGGACUGAGCUCUUUCCCCAGGUUCUCUAGAAGCUAGUUCUCAGCAGAAGGUGGCUGUACCCUUUCGCUAGUGCCCAUCUGCAAAAACGUCUGCACAGGAACACUAAGGCUCACAUACAGCUGGCAUUUCACAUGCUGGUGUGAGGUUUUACUCUGCAGUGUUUAGACUGAGGGAGGAUUGCCUUUCCAGACUAUCUUUCACCUCGAGGUUUUAAAAUGCAAUUGCAGAGCAAAUGACUUGCACAAGCAGUGUCAAUUAGCAGUGUUAAAUGGGAUGGAGCUGGGACCAAAAGGGGGACAUUAGCGUGGGGUCCCUUUCUUCCUCCAUGAAAUGUUGGACAGCACGCAAUGAAUAAAAAUAAAAUCUGCAUAUCCCUUUCAUAACUGGCAGUUGUGUUUCUUGUUUGUUUUUUAAAAAGGUGCAUUGGACAUUACAGAAUUCUAAAGGAAUGUCUGGGUGGGGAAAAGGAGGAACAACUGUGGGUAAUUAUUUCUGCAAAAUUAGUACAAGAAGCAAUUUUGUUAACCCACAGGGAGGUAGAAUUGAGGUGAUUAUAAAUAGCACAAUCACACCUAACAUGACCUUUACGAAAACAUCACAGAAGUUUGGCCAGUGGGCUGACAGCAGAGCAAACACGGUCUUCGGCCUGGGUUUUUCUUCUGAACAGCAACUAACCAAGUUUGCAGAGAAAUUUCAAGAGGUGAAAGAAGCUGCCCGGCUAGCCAGAGACCGAUCACAAGAGAAAACAGAGACCUCCAGCAACCACUCCCAGGAAUCAGGCCGUGAAACUCCGUGUUCUACUCGGGCGUCCAGUGUGAAUGGAACAGAUGACGAGAAGGCGUCGCACGGAGGUCCCGCCGAUGCCCAGCUUAAAACAGAGAAUGACAAGCUGAAACUUGCCCUGGCCCAAAGUUCCUCCAAUGUAAAAAAAUGGGAAUUGGAACUGCAGACUCUUCGGGAGAGCAAUGCCAGACUGACCUCUGCACUUCAGGAAUCGGCUGCUAGCAUAGAACACUGGAAGAAACAGUUUUCUGUUCGUAAAGACGAGAAUGAUCAACUUAGGAGCAAGAUUGAAGAACUGGAAGAACAAUGCAAUGAGAUAGAUAAGGAGAAAGAACGGAACACACAACUGAGCAGACGCCUCCAAGAACUGGAAGUGGAGCUUCAAGAUAAAGAGCUGGAAUUGGAAGAUCUUCGGAAACAGGGUGAAAUUAUACCACAGCUCAUGACAGAAUGUGAAUCGGUGUCUCAAAAACUGCAGGCUGCUGAGAAAAGGAAUAAAGACCUCGAGGAGAAAGUCAGAGAUCUAAGGACAGAGGUUGAAGAAAGCAAACACAGACAAAACAACCUUAAGACGGAGCUACAGACUUUUUUAGAUAUACUAGACGGAAAGAUCGAUGAGUUGCAUGAUUUCCGGCAGGGACUAUCCAAACUAGGUGUUGACAAUUAAGGUGCAGUACAUUCUUUGAUAAACUAGUAUUUGGGUUGUGUAUGUUCAAUCCUAAACAUCUGUUUUCGAAAGGGCAACUAGAAUGUUUUGCUUCUUCUUUACAAUGUGAUUUGUACAUAGAAGUUGAAGAUGUAAUGUCCCCACCACCACCCUUCUCUUCAACAACGGUUGCUCACUUUUUCUUUCAGAAUAGAUAGUUACUGAUCUUGCUACAAUGGCCAUUAAGGGUUUGCAAACAGAUAUAUUUUAUUUUAUCUUAUCUUUAUUUAUUUUGAAGAUGAAGGUGCUUAGCUCAGGAAACUGGAACUAGACCUACCUUCAAAUGAAUAUGCAGUUAGUCAUUGCAGGGAAAUUUCUGUCUCAAGGGCUGCUGCAGCCAUAGAAACAGGGAGCACGUCUUAUUCCUAAUCUUGAAGAUUGAACCACAUGCAGUUUAAUCACCCCCUCCACAUGUCCCCUCCACUUUUUCUUUUUCUUUUUUUUGCGGACCAGACUGCAGUGAAGAUGAGAUUCAAUUCCCGUAGCAUUUCGGUGCUUGAUAAAAACACACCUAGGAGCAACUACUUGCAAGGAGACAGACAGACCACUGCAGUAGAUGCUCACAGCCUUAGGAACAAAUCAGUGAAGCCUCAUUCAGAGAAAUAAGUCCAUGAGAUUUUUAUACCUAUGAGGCCUUUUCAUACAUGACUUGCCAUGUUCAGUACACAUGCACUUACAAACAGUGUGCAGAUUAUAGUGCAUUCACUUGUGGCUUUGGAUAGGACAGAGGUUUGCUUUAUCCAAAGGUCGAUGAGUGUUUCCUUUUUUGGGGUGGCGGGGUGCCAUUUGAAAUAUGCAUGAUAUGUCUUAGCCAUCAGAGUGUCUGGGCAAUGGGCUCAUGUCCCAGGAUCCAGGCCGGUUUAAUCCACAGAGCAAAGGGGUCAAUUAUGAGUCCUCCAAAGGAUUCUCAGCAGAAAGGGGAACACAAUUUUAUUUGCAGGAUAAUGUUAGUCUAUUCGAAACAUUUUAUACCUGCCCACAGGAACCUGCCAGGGCCCUUUACUCUACAUCUCAGGCCUUUGUUUGGGAUUGAGAUCCAAUUGGCAGAGACCAGAGCCAAUUUUGGUUGUGGCCCCUCAACUCUGGAAUGCCCUCCUAGAUGAAAGUCACCAUGCCCCCUCCCUCAGCAUUUUUUAAAAGUGUUUAGACUAAUCUUUUUAGAGGGGCUUUCUAAAUUUUUAUUUGUGUCUGUCCUAGUGGGUUUUUAGCUUGCAAAUCUGGUUUUAAUUGGGUCUUAUUUAACAGGGUCGUAUUCUUUCAAAUUGUUUUAUUUAUAGUUUUGAGCCACCCUGAGCAGUAUUGCACAGGAGAGAUGGGAUAUACCUGUUUAAAAUAAAUAAAUUAAAUAAUACCUUGCCUUUCUGCUAAUAUUGGCUUCCGAGGUGGCUUGCAACAAAUGUUGAUUUAAAUACAUUAAAUCAACAUAAAACUACCCCUUAUAGCAAAAAUAGACAGGAGGAGAAUAAAACAGCAGAUAACAUCAGAAGGUUUUAUGUUUAGUGUAAGUGCUCUCAAAAGCCUGGGCAAGUAAACAGUUUUUAACUGAUGCCCAGAUUAUUAUAAUGUGGGCAUUUAGUGAUCAAUGUGUACGUGAAUGGAUGUAAAUUAUAAUAGUAAGUCACCUUGUUUGGGUUGGAUGAGGUGUAAGCAAAGGAUUGGUGGAUUCAAAUUAUGUAAAACCAUAAACUCUAUGGUGUGGCCACAUUUGGAGUACCGUGUACUGUUCUGGUCACCAUACCUUAAAAAGGACAUUGUAGAACUGGAGAAGGUGCAGAAGAGGCGACCAAGAUGAUCAGGGGCCUAGAUCACCUUUAGGGAGUCAACAAUUGAGGCUUUUUAAUUAGAAAAAAGAUGACUUAAGGGGUGACAUGAUAGAGGUCUACAAAAUUAUGCAUGGUGUGGAGAGCAUGAAUAGAGAGAAACUUUCAUACAGUUUCCUCUUGCGUGAAACUGAUUGCCAGGAAAUGACUGACAAAAGGAAGCACUUUUUCACACGACACAUAAUUAACAUAUGGGAAUUCUCUGCUACAAGAUGUGGUGACUGCCACCCGCCUGAAUAGCUUUAAGAAGCGCUUAGGUAAAUUCAUGGAGGACCAGAAUACCAAUGGCUGCUAGUCUGAGGGCUAUAGGCACCUCCGGCCUCAGAGGCAAGAUGCCUCUAAAUACCAGUUGCAAGGGAGCAACAGCAGGAGAGCGGUCAUGCCCUCACCGCUUGCCUGUGGGCUUCCCAGAGGCAUCUGGUGGGCCCAUUUGUGGAACAGGAUGCUGGACUAGAUAGGCCUUGGGCCUGAUCCAGCAGGGCUGUUCUUAUGUUCUUACCUUGAUGGCAUAUAAAUUUUGUUGUACUGAUAAUAAUCUACAACUUAGGCACUUGAGAGAAUUAACCUUUAGUUGUAUUUUUUGUUUUUUUAAUACUGGUUAGCAAUAAUUUUAUUUUAGCCAUAUGUCAACCCUGAAGAAAGAUUGUCCAAAACAAGCCCUGCUACAUAAUAAUUUCCUAAAAAUGCAAUCUUGCACUUCCACUCAGAUGUAAGCUUCACUGUGUUCAAUGGGGCUUACUCGCUAGUAGUUGUGGUCAGGCUGGCAACUGAAGUUUUGCACAGUCGUAUUCAACUUUGUGUGUGGGUUGGGCAGGUGGUGGUGCGGGGGAGUUAAUGCUGAAUAAAAUACAUCAUUUAGAGUUUAUUUUACUCUUACUGAUAAUAUAUUAUGAAGUUGCAUUUUGAUGUACAGAGCACAUCACUUUUAAAAAAGAAAUAUAUAUCCCUUCCUUGUAGUUCACAAAUAUGAGAGUAUUUUCGUGUAAUACUGCUAUACCAAAAUGUUUUUUUUAAUAUGAUAAGCCUUUAGAAAUAAAUCUGCAAUGUGUUUUUACUGUUUCAAGUAAGGUUUAGUGAAUAAGGUGAUUUUUUUUUUAAGAGUAUGGGGGGAAACACUGCAGUGAUUAAAAUGUAUAUUUUUAACCAGAGUUAAAAUAAUAUAUGGUUAAUUGACCUGCAAAAAUAAUUGCAGUUUGGUUGGUGUGGAAUUGUUUCUUACCUCGUUACUUGUCUAAUGUGAGCAAGUAUUUUCUAAAUACGUUUCUCCUCUGCCCUGUUCAGACAUUAGGUUGUAAUUGCAUACAGGUAUCUGUACACAUGUACAUGCUUUUGUGCAAAUGCCUGUACCUGUGUUCGUUUUAAAAGUGAACCUGGGUACAGGCCCCCUGAAAUGUAGGAUACAAAUAAGUGUAUAUUAUAUAUGUGUUGAACAUAAUGUGUGAAUAACUGUACAUGUGCACAGAUCUGUAUACUCAUACACUGUAUACAGGUUGUGUAUGUGAUUAAUGUAAUGUGUGAAUAGGGCUCUCUUUGUCCUAGAAUAUAAAGCAAACAAACAUCAAUAUUUAGAAUCUCUUCUAGUACCAGUAAACGCUGGGUUUUUUUAUAUAUUUGAAAAAAUGAAACAUUUUUAAAUGGAACUUAUCUUUUGUGAUUUUUAUCUGAUUUUAUUGUAUUAUAGAGUGAGUGUGUGUGUGUGUGUGCGUGUGUGUGUGCGUGUGUGUGUAUAUAUAUAUAUGUGUGUGUGUGUGUGUGUAUAUAUAUAUAUAUAUAUAUAUAUAAUUUAAGUUUUAAAGAAAAUUUUUGUCUUCAAUCUGUCUUGGCUUUAUAAACCUUAAUUUUUCUAAAUUCUUAUUGCUUUUUGUUAAACUUGGGGAAUUUAAAAUAAUAAUAAUAAUAAUAAUAAUAAUAAUAAUAAUAAUAAUAAUAAUAAUAAUACAUACUAUUUGUAUGCAGGUCUCAGGUUCCAUCUCUGGCAGCAUCUCCAGGUACGGCUGGGCAAGACUCUUGCCAGAAACCUUGGAGAAGCUGCUGCCAGUCAGUGUAGACCAUACUGAGCUAGAUGGACCCCAUGGUCUGAUUCAUUAGACGGCAGCUUUCUGUGUUCUCCAGAACAGUAGGGGAGCCCAGCCACAGAAGAGGGGGCUGACUUGCCGAGGGGCCCUCACAACCGCCUUGCGCAACUUCCUAUUCUCAUCCUGUAAAAUGGGGAUCUUAUCUGGUUGAGCAGUGUUUUGCACACCAAUGUUGGCCCAUUUUGGAAUUUCGUGUCGGAAUCCCCACUUGUAUAAUACCCCAGCCCUCAGUCUGUACUUGUGUAUGCAAGUUGUCCCAGUGUGUUGCUCAUGGGUAAUUAGCUCCAUCCUUUGGGCUGCCAUUUUGGAUCUGAAUCUCCAGGUUCUCAUAAAAGGCAAGCUGGAUCCCACAAGCUUGGAGUCUGUUUACUGCUCUGAGCUAGUAAGUAUCAUGAGAUUGUCCAUCUUCCCCCUGCUCAGGACAACUGUAGGAACAGCUAAUAAAAGAUUAUGAACUAUGAGGGGUGUGUAGUCAGACAGAUCGAAAGGUCCGAUUUGGCCAUUCCCUCCCCCCCAACAUGGAGGGGCAGCUGAUUGUGGGGCAUCUCCAGGUGGUUUACAAUAAAAAUGCAAUUACAACAUUAAAACAAUUUAAAAUUGUCAAAACAAUGUUUUAAAGUGUUAAAGACUAUUGAAACUGUAAAUCUGAUUAAAAGCCAGGGUGAACAGA